AUGGGAGAUUUCAAUGUGGACUAUAAUGUUACAAACGUCAAUAAAGAUUUCAAAUCUACAAUUAAUGUGCAUGGUUUUAAACAACUUAUCAAUAAACCCACAAGAAUGUCUUCUACGUCAUCAACGACAAUUGAUUUAUUUUUCACUAAUUGUCCCGACAAUGUUCACUGCAAUGACGUAUUCCCUACUUGGCUGAGCGAUCACGAUAUGGUUGGUGGAAUACGUAGGAAACACAACAUCAAGCAUCCUAUGCGAACUCUGAAGUGCUGUAAUUACACUAACUACGUUCCUAAAAAUCUUUUUAAUGACGUCUCCGAAAUUGACUGGCGCCCUGUAUACGACGCCAGUGAUGUAAAUUUUGCAGUUACGUAUUUUAACUCGAAGCUAAGUGAUUCUUUUGAUAAACACGCCCCGUUAAUUGAAAAAAGAGUUAAAUCACGACCUUGUAAAUGGCUAACUUCAAAAAUAAAAUCUCAAAUGAACAACCGUGACAAACUUCAUCGCAAGGCUCGCAAAUCAGGUAAAAGAGAAGAUACAGAGAAAUAUAAAAAGAUUAGAAAUAGUUGCAAUAAUAACAUAGUGAAAGCAAAGGCUAACCACCAGCGUGAUCUUAUUAACGAAAAUCUGUCAAAUCCAAGAAAACUUUGGAAUGCAAUAAAAUCAGUAUUCCCAAGCAAACCGAAAAAAGUGUGUCAAAUGUCAAAAGAUAGUGAAAGCAGAAGUAAAGUAAGCAACUUCAGCAAGUUUUUUAGUAUAGCUGUUCAUUCCCUUAAAUCCAAGUCAAUUCAACUUAUGAAUUUUACAUGGAGAUAUGUACCACCUUUUUCUUUACGAACAAAUAAAAUUUUCAUGACAGGUUAUAUUUCUAAGAUUUUUGUAGAGAAAGAACUCCGAUCACUCAAACGAAAUAAAGCAACCGGUAUAGACGAGUUACCACCCGGAAUGUUAAAAGACUGUGCUAUUUUAAUUUCAAAACCUCUUAGUCACAUAAUAAACCUUUCGAUAAACACCUCAACUGUACCUUCAGCCUGGAAAGUUGCGAAGGUUGCACCUAUAUUUAAAUCUGGGGAUUCUUCUCUUCUCAAAAACUAUCGCCCGAUUUCAAUUUUACCGGUGCUAUCUAAAAUUCUUGAGAAGGCUAUUCAUAACGAACUCGUGAACUAUCUCGAAAAAGAGAAAUUACUGAACGACUGUCAAUAUGGUUUUCGAAGUAAACGCUCCACGAAACUUGCUUCUACUUUAUUUUGCGACAGUAUUCGUCGCAAAAUAGAUGGCGGCAAGUUAGUUGGAGCAGUUUAUAUAGAUUUAUCGAAAGCUUUUGAUACGAUCGGACACUCAUUAUUAUUAAACAAGUUACGCACGUACGGAAUUAAAGGCAAGGAGCUAGCAUGGUUUACCGACUACUUUUUUAAUCGAAGUCAGUUAGUAGACAUUAACAAUAUUCGAUCUAGCUACGAGCCAAUUUACUGCUGUGUUCCACAAGAUGACACCGUCAUAUACGUUGCUCAUAAAGAUGUUACUAGAAUUGAACAACUUCUCAAUCAAGACCUUGAGAGACUAUCAUUAUAUUUCCGUGAAAAUGAGUUAAUUAUAAAUUUAAAAAAAGGGAAAACAGAAGUCAUGUUGUUCGGAACGGCUAAACGCUUGAAAGCACAUGACAAGGCUCUACAAGUUGUAUAUCAAGAAAAUCCGAUAAAUUUUGUUUCUCAGUAUAAGUAUCUGGGAACAGUAAUCGACAGCAAGUUAAUGCUUAAUGACAACUUCGACCGAUCAUAUAAAAGUGCCAGCAGCCGUUUACGCCUACUACAAAGAUUACGACCGUGCCUUACCGCUGAAGCCGCACACAAUGUUUUCUCGAUGAUGAUUGUACCUUUAAUUACUUAUAGUAGUGCAUUGAGAAUACCUAUCACAAAUACACAGCUCAACAAAUUAAAAUCGCUUGAGAACCGUGCUAGAUCGAUUGUCCGGAGUGAUAAUAUUCCAUCCAUCACAGGACUCAUCAACCAUAAUAUUUGUGUACUCGUUAAAAAGUGUCUACUAAAUGAUCUAACAUCUGAACAUUUUGACAAUUAUUUUGUCAGCCAACAACAUGACAAUAACACACAAAAUAACGGCUUUAUUGUCAGGUUACCUCAGCCAAAGCCUGCUUUUCUGCCAAACUGCUUUUCUUCAGCAUUCACAGGCGACACAGAGAAUAAAUGUUUCCACAAACUUCGGAGUUGCAGCUCACCGAAGUUAGCUGAACCUAUCAAACAGACUAGCUACCUCAAGAGGGUCCAAAAGUCCACACUUCGGCGGCUGCCGAAGUCAACUGUUUUUAGGACAGAAAACAAAGGAAUAGAGAGUAACACAAUAAGCGAAAUGUGGCAAAAUGUUUAUUCCAUAAAUUUUGCCAAUCUUCAAACCCCUGUUGAGAGUGCCCGAAAUGAGACUUUAAAGAUUGUAAAGGAACUUUAA